GCCUUGGCGCCCGUAAGACGCCACCGGGCGGCCACUGUGGAUUUCAUCCGCGGGCUCCCUCGGUCGCCAUGUCUGUGCUGGACGUGUUGUGGGAGGACCGCGACGUGCGUUUCGACGUGUCCUCGCAACAGAUGAAAACAAGACCUGGGGAAGUUCUUAUUGAUUGUUUAGAUUCGAUUGAAGACACAAAAGGAAAUAAUGGAGACAGAGGGAGACUCUUAGUAACAAACUUAAGAAUCAUCUGGCACUCCUUGGCAUUACCCAGAGUCAAUCUUUCUAUUGGUUACAACUGCAUAUUGAAUAUCACAACAAGAACGGCUAAUUCCAAACUACGAGGCCAAACCGAAGCUCUUUAUAUACUGACAAAAUGCAACACCACCCGAUUUGAGUUUAUAUUCACAAAUCUGGUUCCCGGGAGCCCCAGACUUUUUACUUCUGUGAUCUCAGUGCACAGAGCAUAUGAAACUUCUAAAAUGUACCGUGAUUUUAAGCUGAGAAGUGCAGUCAUUCAGAACAAGCAGCUGAGGUUAUUACCACAGGAGCAUGUGUACGAUAAGAUCAAUGGUGUAUGGAACUUAUCCAGUGACCAGGGGAAUUUAGGAACUUUUUUUAUUACCAAUGUGAGAAUUGUGUGGCAUGCCAAUAUGAAUGACAGCUUUAAUGUCAGCAUACCAUAUCUGCAAAUUCGUUCAAUAAAGAUCAGAGAUUCAAAAUUUGGUUUGGCUCUUGUCAUAGAAAGCUCUCAGCAGAGUGGAGGAUAUGUUCUUGGCUUUAAAAUAGACCCAGUGGAAAAACUACAGGAAUCAGUUAAGGAGAUCAACUCACUUCACAAAGUCUAUUCUGCCAGUCCGAUAUUUGGAGUGAAUUAUGAAAUGGAAGAAAAGCCACAGCCACUUGAAGCUCUGACUGUUGAACAAAUUCAAGAUGAUGUGGAAAUAGACUCUGAUGACCACACAGAUGCUUUUGUGGCUUAUUUUGCUGAUGGAAAUAAGGUUCCUCACAGAAUGGAUUCCCAGCGGGAGCUUGCCGAAGAACUCCGGCUUUACCAAUCCACCCUUCUUCAGGAUGGUCUAAAAGAUCUCCUGGAAGACAAAAAAUUCAUCGAUUGCACCCUAAAAGCAGGUGACAAAAGUUUCCCUUGCCACAGACUGAUAUUAUCGGCUUGUAGCCCUUACUUCCGUGAGUAUUUUUUAUCUGAAAUUGAGGAGGAGAAAAAAAAGGAGGUAGCACUCGACAACGUGGAUCCUGCUGUACUUGAUUUGAUCAUCAAAUAUCUGUACUCUGCCAGUAUCGAUCUCAAUGACGGGAACGUGCAAGACAUCUUCGCCCUGUCCAGCCGCUUCCAGAUUCCGUCGGUGUUCACCGUCUGUGUGUCUUACCUUCAGAAAAGACUGGCUCCCGGUAACUGUCUGGCCAUCCUAAGACUAGGGCUGCUUCUCGACUGCCCGAGACUUGCCAUUUCUGCCCGGGAGUUUGUGUCCGAUCGCUUUGUGCAGAUUUGUAAGGAGGAAGACUUCAUGCAGCUGUCCCCACAGGAGCUGAUCUCCGUCAUUUCAAAUGACAGCCUCAACGUAGAAAAGGAGGAGGUAGUAUUUGAGGCUGUGAUGAAAUGGGUGCGGACAGACAAAGAAAACAGGGCGAAAAAUCUUAGCGAGGUGUUUGACUGUAUUCGUUUUCGCCUUAUGGCAGAGAAAUAUUUCAAAGAUCAUGUCGAAAAAGAUGACAUAAUCAAAAGCAACCCGGAAAUCCAGAAAAAAAUCAAAGUUCUAAAAGACGCUUUUGCAGGCAAACUUCCGGAACCCAGCAAAAAUGCAGAGAAGGGGGGAGCAGGCGAGGUGAACGGUGAUGUUGGCGAUGAAGACUUACUUCCUGGUUACCUGAAUGAUAUCCCCAGGCACGGAAUGUUCGUUAAAGAUCUCAUCCUCUUGGUCAAUGACACAGCUGCAGUGGCGUAUGACCCCAUGGAAAAUGAGUGUUACCUUACUGCCCUAGCUGAGCAGAUCCCCAGAAAUCAUUCCAGUAUUGUUACCCAACAGAAUCAGGUGUACGUGGUGGGAGGACUGUAUGUGGACGAAGAGAAUAAGGAUCAACCCCUGCAGUCGUACUUUUUCCAGCUUGAUAACAUAACAUCUGAGUGGGUCGGACUUCCACCUCUCCCAUCAGCCAGGUGUCUCUUUGGUCUGGGAGAGGUAGAUGACAAAAUCUAUGUGGUCGCUGGCAAAGACCUUCAAACAGAGGCCUCACUGGAUUCUGUACUAUGCUACGAUCCUGUGGCUGCAAAGUGGAGUGAAGUGAAAAAUCUUCCUAUUAAAGUUUAUGGCCAUAAUGUGAUUUCACAUAACGGGAUGAUAUACUGUCUAGGCGGAAAGACAGAUGACAAAAAGUGUACGAAUAGAGUGUUUAUCUACAACCCCAAGAAAGGAGACUGGAAAGAUCUGGCUCCGAUGAAAACCCCUCGUUCCAUGUUUGGAGUGGCAAUUCAUAAAGGCAAAAUUGUGAUCGCAGGAGGCGUCACUGAAGAUGGUCUUUCAGCUUCAGUUGAAGCCUUUGACCUCAAAACCAAUAAGUGGGAAGUGAUGACGGAAUUUCCCCAAGAAAGAAGUUCCGUCAGCCUGGUGAGCCUGGCGGGAUCCCUGUACGCCAUCGGCGGCUUUGCAAUGGUUCAGCUGGAAUCUAAAGAGUUUGCGCCCACUGAAGUCAACGACAUAUGGAAGUAUGAAGAUGAUAAAAAAGAAUGGGCUGGGAUGCUGAAGGAAAUCCGAUAUGCUUCGGGGGCUAGUUGCCUAGCAACACGCUUAAAUCUGUUUAAACUGUCUAAACUAUAAAGGAGGUGACAAAGACACAGUUUGAGAGGUGGCUUGUUGGGACAAGAGGGCUUUAAUUUAUUGUCAUUCUUUAAGCCUAUACAAUGAUUCAUGUAGGGCUACAGGGAUUCAUGCAGUUUCUAUGAGGUAGAACAGUGUAACCGAAUCCCAAAGCUUUUCAGUGUGCGGAGUGUAAAACCAUUUGCUAGGAAGUUUAGUAUUCAGUUGAACAAUAUAUUUUGUUAAACUUUUCUCAAAGAAGCGAGCUUUCUACAUCCAAGCUGUUUACUAAUCCUUUGUAUUCUUAAGGGACAUUUACACUUGUUUUCUAUUAUAAAUGAAAUGCCUAUGUCUACAUUCUUAAGAAAUGUUUGAAUAAUGGGAACCUUUCCCCUUUUUAAGUGAGGAUAGGAAUCUUGUGCAUAAUGAAGAUGACUGGAAAUGCUGUUUAAGAAGUUUAAUAAAUGAGUCUCCAGUCCUUUCUCCCA